UUGAGUCUCGUCAAGGCUCCGGUUACAAUUUAGUAACUGCGAUGGAGUUUCAUUACAACUCAAACCUUCGAUUGAGUCUCGUUAAGGCUCCGGUUACAAUUCAGUAACUGCGAUCGAGUUUCGUUACAACUCAAACCUUCGACGGUGUUACGCACAACACAAAUAGUCCGAGUACUUUACACUCACUCGUUUUACACGCGUUAAGUGUUAAAUCGGUGGUAACACGUAAGUUACAUUCGACCGCGUACGUUACACGCAAAUCCGACCGCGUUCGUUACACGCAAAUUCGACAGCGUACGUUACUUGCAAAACUUCAACAUCUUCAGUUUAUGGUGCGCUAAGGUAAAACAUCUCAUCAUCCUAAAAUCCUUCAUUAUUUCCCAUAUCUUUCCUCUACCAAUUUUUCCACUCCAACUUUCAUACUAAAAUUUCCGUAACCAAUUUACCUGUAAAUUCAUUAAUUGUAACUUCAUUUAUCUUGUAAUUUCUGUAAUACUAAAUCUGUUAUUUUCCUCAAUAUACAUAGCCGAAAGACUUCAAACGUACUGAGUCCGACUCUUCAUUUAAUUUCCCUUGAAUUCCUUAUCUAGAAUAAAUUAGGUAAGAAGGUGAAAGUUGUUUUGGUUGCAAUUCAUUUCAAUCCAUCAUAAAUUUCUAUUAAACUCAUCAUAUUAAUUAAAGGCAACCCAAACAUCUUCUCAAACUCUUGGUACUACUGAGGUAAUUCUAGCCCUCUCUUGAGAGUUGUAAACAAUAUUCUGUGCUUUCGGAUUGUUAUCUUAGAAAUUUAAUACUUUUUAGUUGAUUAAAAAAAACUUUACUGUACCUGAAUUGACCUAUACUAUAGCCUCACGGCUCCCAUGUAUCAAAAUGUAAUAAAUAAAUAAAUAAAUUAAUUAAUAGAAUGGAAAUUGUAUAAGUAUUUUAAAUGAAUAAAAGCGUAGGCUCUGAGAUAUAGAGGCCCCCUCACUUCCGGAAUGUUGUUGUUUUCGAUUUUCGACAGUGGUGCUAGUUUCCGUAGUUUCUCGAAUGGCUGCCGGAAGUCGGAUUUCGUACUCGGAUUUGGCAUUUCAUUUAACACGUUUCUAGUAGUUUGAAGAAGUCUUUUUUUUUUCUCAAUGGUCGCAUGUCGUGUCAGGAAGUGUUCAUGUGGCAUCGUGUUCAGUUCAUCGUUUAUUUGAGCAAAUUCGGCAAGAUUAUCGAGCGGUUUUCGCAAUGUUGCAUCAAACAUGCACCUGUUUCGGUUCGGUCGGCAUGACUCUCACGUGGUCAGUUACUCAAUUGAGAUUAUUUUCGUCGUACUUUGUGAGUGAAUUUCGUGUUCUCUGAAAUCUAUCGUGACAACGGAAGUGGUGCUGAAAUGGAUUAGCAACAGUUUGUUAGCCUCCAGAACUUGUGACAAAAAGUGCUGUAGGAAGUGUUUGUGAUCACCUAAAAUGGGUCGUGCUUGCAGUGUCCCUGGUUUUAAGACUGGGUACCAGUCUUGUAAGGAAAAGUUUUCCACAUUUUCUUUUCCCGAAAAUGAGCAACUGAAGUGUAAGUGGAUAAAUGCCAUUCAUCGGUCACGAGACUUUGAAGUUACCAAGAACACAUGUGUUUGCAUUUUGCACUUUAAAGAGUCACAAAUCAUUCGAACUGUGAAGAAGAAAAAUGUAGGGAUUGAAGAAAUUGUAGAACUCGAGCGGCCAAGAUUAACUGAUGAUGCUGCUCCCUGCGUUUUCCCGAAUCAGCCGAGCUACUUCACUACUGACCCACCAACCAAAAGGAAACCUCCAGAGGAUAGACACCAGUCGUUGGUUGCCAGGGAAGAAGCAGAAUUUAACGAUUGGUGUGCUACGGAUGAGAUUAAAGACUUUCCAGAUUUCCUUAGUAAGUUUCAAAGCAAAAUUGCAUCCUCAACAUUUGAUCACAAGAUCUACAACGAUUUUAUUUUGCUCUUUAAAGUCAAUGCCAGUUUGAACGAUGUCCCGGAAAUAAUGUGCAGCGUCAAAAUUUUUUGUAAUCUGAAAAAGCAAGUAUAUUUCAGAAACAAUUGCCUUCCCUCUUCAAGAUUUAAAGGUUUCCUUAGCAAAAGUAAUGAGCUGAAGUAUUGGACUGCAUUUGAAAGCCUCAUGAGUCAUGUGAAUGCAAUUUCUCCCACAGACAUUAGCAGUUUUGCAAAUGACAACCAAGCUUUGGUUGAGCAAACGGAACUAAUUUUAAAACUCUGGACUCCAUCGCCAGAGAACCCCUCGGUUGAAACUGAGUCAUCAAAACUUACCAAGUUAAAUUUUUUACUAGAGCAGAUGAAACUGUUAACAUUUAUUUGUCCAAGGUACUCAUCAAACCUCUUGCUUUGGGCAAGCCUAUGAAGGAAAAUUUAUAACUAAUGCCCUCUGAUAAUACUGAUACAUCUAUUAACUAUAGAAAUUUGUAGUGAAUUGGGUACCAAUACACAGCUGCAAUGAUCCGGAACCAGAAGAGGAGGGUCAAAGGCCAUUAUACAACAUCUCCACCUCAAUGGAUGACCCAGGUCUAAUUUUCUCCGAUUUAUUUCAAUUUUAAAUAGUCCAAGAUUAUUGGACUGUAGUGACUUCAAUCUCUUCAGUGCCUCUCGUGGCGCGAAUUGCAUGUGGGUGUAAAUUAUUUAACUCAUAUCGGGCCUUAGUAAAUAAUAACGAUCCCGACAAAGUCAUGCAUAUUCAGCUGCAACACAUGGAAAAGGACCUGAGAGAGGUUGAGAAUGAUCCUUAACGCGAAUUUUGAAACGAUGGAAAGCGGUUACGAAGUGUCCCAUUUGUUUAUUCACCGCUGAGCCCCCGUUCGAGUUGUGCGGUAACGGGCAUCGAAUUUGUCACCAAUGCCGAGCUCGAUUACAAAAAUGCCCAAUCUGUAGAAUUUCCCUGGCACAAAAUGUUAAAGAUCGGGCCAUGGAAGAAUUGCAUAAAGCAAUACGGCCACCACCGACAGAUAGGAAUGCAAUGAAUGAUGACACUGAGGAGGAAGAAGAAGCACAGAGACGAGAGGAUUGGCGCAUUCUGGAGAGGGCAAGGCCACAGAGGAGAGAAGAAGAGAGACAUGAGGCAAGGCGACAUGAAGAGAUGAGUUUGGAAACGUUGUCUGUUGCGGCGCUCGCAGAAAGAAUUGAGGCCAUCAAAUUAACCUUACCGAGACAUCUAUGGGCUGUGGCCCGCCUGAACCCAGGCGGAGGGGCCAUCCUCGAUAUUAAUUAGGUUCCUCCCCUGGUUCAGUGCUAAUAACCUCCCUUUCUAGGCUCUUCAGGAUGAUGCCUGGUAGGGGGUGGAUGUCUGUCUCGGUCUGAACCCCUAAAGGGGUUCCGGGCGGGCUGGAUGUCCAAGCCCCGAUCGGCAUCAGCUGAUGGAGCUUCGGAAAGGGAGGAGUUUCUUUUGUGAAAAAUAAUGUUAACUUUGUUGUUGUCGAAAAAGAGGAAGUCUUGAAUUCAUUGUUCUCUUUAGUUUUUCAUCUGAUAUAAAAGUUUGGUCCCUUCCAAAAGUGAGUAUUAUUUCUCCUGCGGUUCCUUUGGAGGUUCCUGAUCCUCCCAAUAUUCUUCAAAUGGCACAAGGGCGGACGUUUCGUUUUCAGUAAAUUUUUUAAGCAGAUUUCAAAAUGCCUGUUCGCCAAUACAUUACAAAUAUGCUCUUAGAAUUCUGCAAUAUCUGUAUCAUACCUGAGACUUAAGGCUUGAAUUCAAUGGAAAUGGUGAUGUAAAAUUAGACGCUUAUGUAGACUCAGACCUUGCUUCAGAUCUUGAUGAUCGUAAAUUUACCUCUGGAAUUUUGAUAAGAAUAAACAGCACGCCCAUACUUUGGAAAUCUCAAACACAAAAAGUCGUAUCAAUCGCCACGUCUCAUGCAGAGUGCUAAGCUCUUUCUGAAUGUGUUACAAAACUAUUACCGAGCAAAGGGUUGUUAACCGAGUUAGGAAUAAAUUUUGAUCAUCCUGUUCCAAUUUUUGAAGACAACAAAGGUGCUUUCGAACUUGCCAGAAACGGUGAAUUUCACAAAAAUAUAUUUGCAUCUUACAAAUGCAAAUGCAAUAAAAUGCAUCUUAUAAAUUUUCUAGGAAAUCCAUCAAAUGGUGGAGCAAGCUGUUGGCGAAAAGCGUCAGCUGUUUUGUAAAGUUUUGAUUCCUCCAGUUUUUCAUUUCUCAGUUUCAGUUCGGUAUGAUACCUUGCCCAUAAAGGUGAUCUAAAAGCGUC